AUGGACGAAGUUCUUGAUUUUGUUAGAGAAGAGCGAAAAAAUAGACAGGGUGUACUUGACGCCAUUAGAACCCACCCUGAGCGUCACGAACUAGCGAAAGUGAUAAUGUCUAGACUCGAUGCAGGUGACUUACUGCAACUCAGCGGGCUCUUGGCGCCACGGAACAAAGCCCCUCCCUACGACAAUAUUCUAAAUACGUUAACAUGCCAAGAGCUAUUGCGCAGCCUUACGAAGAGUGAUUUGCAGGGAUCUCGAGGAAAUAUUUGUGAUUCGGAUUUGCCAGCCCCGAACGAUAUCGCAAAGUGGUGGCAUAUCUAUCUUCGUCGAGAAGAGAAACAACCAAACUUGAGUGGAAUUAUCCACAUUCUUCAAAAUGCAGCGCCAGUAAAAGAAGAGUACAGUAUUUACGAGGAUUUCGUCAUCGUUAAUAGGAUUCGUCGAUAUCCUGAGACCUUGUCGAAGUCGAUUUUUGAUCGAAAAGAGAUCCAAAUCAAGACAACGCCAUUCACCAAGCCGAUGAAAAAUCAUGGGGUGCUUGUUCUACGCAGAAUGAAAAUGGAGCUGACGGAUCCUUCAAAACCCCUGCCUCAGCUCAUGGCGAAAAGAGCCGAGUUUAAUUGUCUGAUGAGUCUGAAGAACUACGAAAGCUAUGUUGACACGUUUGAGGAGAUUAAAGAGUACGAAGAUAUGGUCGAAAAAAAGUAUGCUGAGCGACCGGGAGAUACAUCUUCAGACAAAAUGGGGAAAAACUUUUGGAAAACAGAUGCCCUACGAGAUAUUCGAAACAAGAAAUGGAUCAACGAGUGUCAAGGCUGCAAAUAUUACGGCGAGUGCGAAUGUUACAAGCUGAAAAAACUGAAAAUUGAAAAUAAAUCGAAUUGA